AAGUCGGCCCUUAAACCCAUCCGACCAAAAUACCCGUCGCGUCUCCAUCCAGUCCAUCGGACUCCAUCCUCUCUACACGGUACUACUAUGUAUAGACAUAGUAUGUAGUAGCCUCCAAACAAAUUGAACCUCUAAUCACGUACAUAUGUAACAUUUAACUUUGAAGUUACUACAUUCAUGUCCGGCUCUAAUACCGAUGAUUUGUUCAAAUCGUUGAACAAAGCCCAAUCUCGCGCAGUCAGCUCCCGCGCUUCCACCGUCGCCAUACUAGCAGGGCCAGGGAGCGGCAAGACCCAUACUCUUACCUCUCGAGUCGUUUGGCUUGUCAACCAUGUCGGCAUCCCACCGUGCGACAUUAUCGUCGCAACUUUUACCGUCAAGGCCUCCAACGAGAUGAAAUUGCGCAUUGGUCAGGCACUUGGAGAUGGCCGAGAAAAGAAGAUUGUACUAGGCACUUUUCACAGCAUUGCUCGCCGAUAUCUGGCUACAUACGGUCGUCAUAUUGGCCUGGACCCCAAAUUUGGUAUCGCCGACGACUCAGAUUCAAGGGGUAUUAUCAAACGUAUCUCCAAGAGGCUGGGCUCACCAAUUGAGCCUGGUGUUGUUCGCGCUUGGAUCAGCAAACGCAAAGCUAAAGGAACGUCGGACGAGCAGACUGUCAAGGCAAAAAAUGGGAAGGACCUACAAUCCAAAACACUAGAAGAGUGUUACCAAGAGUACCAGGCCCAUCUAGAUCGAUCCAAUUUGCUUGACUACGACGAUCUGCUUAUUCGUUGUGUUGAACUCCUUCGCAAAUAUCCCCGCUGCGUCCAGCACAUACAAACUGUGCUAAUUGACGAGUAUCAAGAUACAAAUGGAGUCCAAUAUGACCUGAUGAAGCUUUUUGCUCAAGAGAACAGGCGGAUCACCAUUGUGGGAGACCCAGAUCAAAGUAUAUACGGUUGGCGAUCGGCAGAAAUAAGAAAUCUCCAUCGCCUGCUCCGUGAUUUUCCUGGGACGGACGAGAUCUCGCUGGAGGAAAAUUACAGAUCAUCGAGUUCAAUACUCGAUGUAUCUUUGAAAGUUAUCGAACAAGAUCCCGAGAGAUACAAAAAGGUCUUACUACCUGUCCAUAAGAAAGGCACUAGGCCAGUCCUUCGUAUGCUCAAGCACUCUACAGCCGAGGCAGAGUGGGUUGUCUCGGAGAUCAAGCGAGUUAGACUCAUGUCUGGAAAUAUGAUUAGGGCUGAUGACAUUGCGAUCUUGCUCCGGUCUGCCUCGUUGUCAAGACAUAUCGAAUCUGCCCUGGGGAGAGAGGGGGUACCAUAUAAGAUGGUCGGUGGUUUCAAAUUUUACGAGCGAGCUGAGAUCAAAACCAUUCUGGAUUAUUUACGGGUCAUUCACCAGCCCACAAAUAACGAUGCCCUCGCGCGCAUUAUCAACGUCCCGAAGCGAGGAAUUGGCGACGUAACAGUUGCGUCCCUCCUGGAAGAGGCUGAACGAAAUUCCAUGAGUCUGUGGGGACUACUGAACAAACAUUGCCGGGGCGAACGACAAGCGAAGACGACCAUCAGGAAACAGAGUGAACAGAGAAUCAGUGGGGGCCUAUUGAGGCUGAUCACUCAGCUACAAAGCCGUUUAAGACCAAAAGAGGGAACACCCGUUGAUUUGCUCGACAUUAUCAACCAAUUGCUUAAUGAUCUACAAUUCGAGAAGUAUCUAGAGGAGACUCAUGGCCCAGAGUAUGAGUCGAGAUGGGCGAACGUACAAGAAUUUGCAAAUCUUGUUGCUGAGUUUGUGCACCACGAUAAACCCGAGGACGAGAUACUCCCAAUCCUUGACAACACCCAGCCCAAACCAGACGACGAUGCGCUCGCUCGGUUCUUGGCGAAUGUCGCGUUAGCAUCUGACAAGCAGACUGAUGACAAAAGCAAGGAGGAAAAGUCUCAAGUUACGCUCUCUACAUCCUCCUUCAACCACAAUGCAGAGGUCCGCUUCUUUUACUGUGCCCCAUCCCUCACCGCAACCAGGCUUCACUACAGCCGGGGCUCACUAUGCGAACGCCACAGCUGCUGAGGCGGCCAGAGAUGUCACAACACCCCAUCGGGCAGCGGGGACGAAAAGACCUCCACCUAACAGAGCCCCAUCCCAGAGAAGCCUCAUAGGGUAUGGAUAUGGCGUGACAAACCAUGACAAAUCUAAACAGAUUGAUGACGUUACGCCCCUGAUACCUUCCAAUUUGACGCGAUCGGUCA